AUGGCGAAUCAAAUGUCGCAGCCGUUCCGUCUGGCAGUUUCACAUCUUCAAGAGUGGGAUGGUGAAGACCCAACAACACGGUGGGUGGGUUACGCGCGCCGUUUAGAUCGAAAGGAUGCCACGGGGCGAUGGCAAAUAUACGAAGAUACAAUUGCCGAGAAAUCAGCAAAACAUGUCGUUUGA